AUGGGUCUUACCAAGAAGCUGGCCGAUGGCCUCGACGAGGUGGACAUAAUCAUCGCUGGAGGAGGAACCGCAGCUUGCGUUCUCGCCAGCCGCCUCGCGACAACGGCACCAGACCUCUCAAUUCUGGUCAUCGAGGGCGGAACCAAUAACCGCGAUGUCCCCAACGUCGUUCAUCCGGCCUUUUUCCUCGACCACCUUGCUCCCGACAGCAAGACCGCAAUCUUCUACCAAGGCAGCCCGUCGGAGCAGCUGGCAGGCCGCAGCCCCAUUGUUCCAUCCGGGGGCAUGCUUGGAGGCGGUUCCUCCAUCAACUUCAUGCUCUACACGCGCGCCCAGAAAUCCGACUUCGACUCUUGGAAGACACCCGGCUGGUCAUCCCAAGACCUCCGCCCGUACCUUAACCGCUUUGAGACGUACCAUGGCAAUGGUGACCCGGCCGACCAUGGCAAGUCAGGCCCCGUACACAUCUCUUCGGGAGGCUUUCGGGUCCCGGGCGCCGAGGACGACAUCCUUGCUGCGGCGCAGCAGAUGGGAUACUCCGAAAUCCGCGACUUGCAGAACAUGGAAGCAAACAAUGGCUUCGAGAGAUGGAUGCGUUACGUCUCGCCCGAUGGCAAGAGACAAGAUGCCGCCCAUACCUUCUUGCACCCGCUCCUCGAGGACGGCAAGCAUCCCAACCUCCAUGUUCUGGUUGAGUCAAAGGUAGUGAGGGUGAUCUUCGAUGAGCACAAGCGUGCCAUCGGUGUGGAGUACACUCCGAACCCCGACUACCAGGCUGUCCUGAACACCACAAGGCAUCCUGUCAAGACCGUGAAGGCCAAGAAGCUCGUUGUCGUCUCAUGCGGUGCAUGCGGUACGCCUGGAGUCCUGGAGAGGUCUGGUGUCGGUAACAAGGAGGUUCUCGCCAAGGCCGGCGUUCCCGUUGUUACCGAUCUUCCCGGCGUUGGGCAUGACUACCAGGACCACCAUCUCAUCCUCUACCCUUACAAGACAGCGCUCUCAAAGGAUGAGACACUCGACGAGAUCUUCAGUGGCCGCAUAAGCCACGAAGAUGCGAUAGCACAGAAGCACAAGAUGCUGGGCUGGAACGGCGUCGACAUCGUCAGCAAGAUCCGCCCAACAGAGGAGGAGAUUGACACCCUGGGCCCUGAGUUCCGCGCCGCAUGGGACAAUGACUUCAAGAACGACAUCAACCGCCCGCUGAUGCUCAGCGGUUUCUUACAUGGAUUCCUUGGUGACCACUCAGGCAUCCCAGUAGGCCAGUACACCACCGGCGCAAACUACACCGCAUAUCCCUAUUCCCGCGGACACAUCCAUAUCACGGGUCCCAACGUCUCCGACCCGCUCGACUUCAACCCCGGCUUCCUCACGGACGCCAACGACAUCGACUUGAAGAAGCACAUCUGGGCGUACAAGAAAGCCCGCGAAAUCGCCCGGCGCACAGCUCUCUACCGCGGUGAAGUCACCGGCGGUCACCCUGCCUUUGCGCCCACGUCCAAGGCCGCGCUCGUGGACGACGUUUCUGCAGAUGCGCACAAGAAUGUCGUCAACAUCGAGUAUACUGCGGAAGACGACAAGGCGAUCGAGCAGUUUGUCAGAGAGAACCUCAACACGACGUGGCACUCGCUGGGAACGGCUAAGAUGGCGCCCAGAGAUGACAAGGGUGUCGUCGAUUCCAGCCUGAGCGUGUACGGUGUGGAGAGGCUGAAGCUCGUGGACUUGAGCAUCUGCCCGGAGAAUGUGGGCGCGAACACGAAUAAUACUGCCUUUGUUGUCGGCGAGAAGGCAGCGGAUAUCAUUGCGAAGGAGUUGGGCAUUACGGUUCCGCCAAAGCUAUGA